AUGAAGCUGCUCCUGCUCCUCGGCCUGGUGGCCCUGGCCCAAUGCGCUAUCCACAGGAUCCCCCUGCAGAAAGGGAAGUCCCUGCGGCAGAAGCUGAAGGAGCAAGGCUUGCUGGAGAGCUACCUGCGGCAGCACCCCUACAACCUGGCCACCAAGUACUUCCCCAGACGUGUCGCUUCCGAGCCCCUGGAGAACUACCUGGAUGAUGAGUACUACGGCACCAUCUAUAUCGGCACCCCACCCCAGGAGUUCACUGUUGUCUUUGACACCGGCUCCUCCAACCUGUGGGUGCCCUCCGUGUACUGCUCCAGCAAGGCUUGCAACGUCCACAAACGCUUCAACCCAGUGGACUCCUCCACCUUCAUCGGCACCAAUGAGACCCUCUACAUCGCCUACGGCACUGGCAGCAUGACCGGCGUCCUGGGCUACGACACCGUCAGCGUUGCAGGCAUCGAUGUCAUCAAUCAAAUCUUUGGGCUGGCUGAAACCGAGCCCGGCGAUUUCUUCUACUACACCCCCUUCGACGGUAUCCUGGGGCUGGCUUUCCCAAGCAUCGCCUCCUCUGGAGCCACCCCUGUCUUUGACAACAUGAUGAUGGAGCACCUCGUGGACAAGGACCUCUUCUCUGUCUACCUGAGCAGGGACGGGAAGAGUGGCAGCUUUGUCCUCUUUGGCGCCAUCGAUCAUUCCUACACCAUCAAUGGCAUCAACUGGAUCCCCCUCUCUGCUGAAACCUACUGGCAGAUCACCAUGAGCAGCGUCACCAUCAACGGGGAGCGCGCCGCCUGCAUUCUCGGCUGCCAGGCCAUCGUGGACACCGGCACCUCGCUGCUGGCCAUGCCCAACAGAGCCCUCAACUCCAUCCUGAGGUCCCUUGGUAUCGGGUCCAAUGGCGAGGUGAGCUGCAGUGAUGUCAACAGUCUGCCCGACGUCGUCUUCCACAUCCACGGCAAAGCCUUCUCAGUGCCGCCCAGCGCCUACGUGAUAGAGGACAGCGGAUACUGCAGCGUCGGCUUUCAAGGCAUGGACGCCCCCACCGAGUCAGGCGAGCUCUGGAUCCUGGGGGACGUCUUCAUCCGCGAGUACUACGUGAUCUUCGACAGGGCCACCAACAAGGUGGGGCUGUCCCGGCUGCCCUGA